AUGGGGGAGCAGCAGAGCUCGCUGAGCGCCCCCCGGGCGGCCGCCGCGCCGCCGAGCCCGGCCGGGGGCCCGCGGGAGCCCGGCCCGGACGAGCCGCCUUCGCCGCGAGAGGCGGUGCCGAUCGGCGGGGCGGCCGGGCCGGUGCGAGUCGGGGAGCUGCUGCCGGCCGCCGCCGGUCCCGAGCGGCGAGGGGCCGAAGAGGAGGCGGAGGCGGCGGCCGGGCCGGAGCAGCCGCCGGGCUCGGGGGAGCCGGCGGCCCCGGCGGAGGAGGGGCCGGAGGGAGGCAGCGGCCGCCGCCGCCCCCCUCGGCGGCACGUGUACUGCACAGUCUACUGCGUGGAGAACGACCGGCCGGCGGCGGCCCCCGGCUCUCCCCGCGGCGGCCCGGGCGUGGGGCAACCCCCGGCGAGGCGCGGGGUGGUGUCGGGCGACGACCCGCUGUCGUCCGGCGGCAGCAUCGAGGUGGUGGACUUGUACCUGCUGCCCGAGCCCUUCUCCGGGCUGAUCGCGGGCGAGUUCGGGCCGCUGCUGGUGCUGAGCUGCCGCGUGUGCCUGGAGGAGAAGCCCAUCAAGCCCCUGUCCUGCUGCAAGAAGGCGGUGUGCGAGGAGUGCCUCCGGCGGUACCUCAGCUCCCAGGUGCAGCUGGGGCAAGCGGAUAUAAAAUGCCCCAUCACAGAGUGCAGCGAACACCUGGAUGAAACAACUGUCCUCUAUAACCUGCCCCAUGACGACAUCAUCAAGUACAAAUACUUCUUGGAACUUAGCCGCAUUGACUCCAGCACCAAGCCAUGCCCUCAGUGCAAGCACUUUACAACCUUCCGGAGGAGAGGCCACAUUCCUACCCCUGCCAAAUUGGAGAACAAAUACAAAAUCCAGUGUCCAUCUUGCCAAUUUGUCUGGUGUUUCAAGUGCCACUCUCCCUGGCAUGAAGGUGUUAACUGCAAAGAAUACAAGAAAGGAGACAAGCUGUUACGUCACUGGGCCAACGAAAUCGAACAUGGGCAGAGGAAUGCCCAGAAGUGUCCAAAAUGCAAGAUCCACAUCCAGAGAACCGAAGGGUGUGACCACAUGACCUGUUCACAGUGUAACACUAAUUUCUGUUACCGUUGUGGGGAGAGAUACCGCCAGCUCCGCUUCUUUGGAGAUCACACGUCAAACCUCAGUAUCUUUGGAUGCAAAUACCGCUACCUCCCCGAGAGACCACAUUUAAGGAGAUUAGUGCGGGGCUCUGUCUGUGCUGGAAAACUACUCAUUACACCCCUAAUAUUGGUUCUGGGACUGGCACUGGGAGCCGUAGCUGUUGUAAUAGGUUUAUUUGUAUUUCCGAUCUACUGCCUUUGUAAAAAGCAGAGGAAAAGGUCACGGACAGGUAUGCCCUGGUGAGGACGGACGUUACUCUCCUGAACUGAGCUGGUCCUGC